GAGAUCGCGAAUCCUGCCCAGUUACACGAGCCAGCCAGCCGGAACAGCAGCUUCUCCGUUUAGGUGUUUCUGCCCAGGGAGAGCUGCCGAUUCCGAGGCCGACUCCAGCAAUGGCCUUUGCAAAUCUACGGAAAGUGCUUAUCAGUGAUAGCCUGGACCCUUGCUGCCGGAAGAUCCUGCAAGAUGGAGGGCUGCAGGUGGUGGAGAAGCAGAACCUGAGCCAGGAGGAGCUGAUAGCCGAGCUGCAGGACUGCGAAGGCCUUAUUGUCCGCUCGGCCACCAAGGUGACCUCUGAUGUCAUCAACGCAACCAAGAAGCUGCAGGUGGUGGGCCGGGCUGGCACGGGCGUGGACAAUGUGGAUCUGGAGGCUGCAACAAGGAAGGGCAUCCUGGUCAUGAACACCCCCAGUGGGAACAGCCUCAGUGCUGCGGAGCUCACCUGUGGGAUGAUCAUGUGCCUGGCCAGACAGAUUCCCCAGGCGACGGCCUCCAUGAAGGAUGGCAAAUGGGAACGGAAGAAGUUCAUGGGAACAGAGCUGAAUGGAAAGAUCCUAGGAAUUCUUGGCCUGGGCAGAAUUGGGAGAGAGGUGGCCACCCGGAUGCAAUCCUUUGGGAUGAAGACCAUAGGGUAUGACCCCAUCAUUUCGCCAGAGGUCUCGGCCUCCUUCGGUGUGCAGCAGGUGCCCUUGGAGGAGAUCUGGCCUCUCUGUGACUUUAUCACUGUGCACACACCUCUCCUGCCUUCCACCACAGGCCUGCUGAACGACAGCACCUUUGCCCAGUGCAAGAAGGGGGUACGUGUGGUGAACUGUGCUCGCGGAGGGAUUGUGGACGAAGGCGCCCUGCUCCGGGCCCUGCAGUCGGGUCAGUGUGCUGGAGCCGCGCUGGACGUUUUCACAGAGGAGCCACCCCGGGACCGGGCCUUGGUGGACCACGAGAACGUCAUCAGCUGCCCCCACCUGGGCGCCAGUACCAAGGAGGCCCAGAGCCGCUGCGGGGAGGAAAUUGCCGUCCAGUUCGUGGACAUGGUGAAGGGGAAAUCUCUGGCGGGAGUAUGCCCUGCCUCUGGAGAAAGGCUCCUUUGUUCUCCACAGGCCUUGGGAGUGAAGGAGUGUGGCUGGCAUGAUGGCGGAAUGCCCGAGGUAAACGCCCAGGCCCUCACCAGUGCCUUCUCUCCACACACCAAGCCUUGGAUUGGUCUGGCAGAAGCUCUUGGGGCACUGAUGCAAGCCUGGGCUGGGUCCCCCAAAGGGACCAUUCAGGUGGUAACACAGGGAUUGUCCCUGAAGAACUCUGGGAACUGCCUGACCCCCGCCGUCAUCGUUGGCCUCCUGAAGGAUGCUUCCCGUCAGGUGGAGGUGAACCUGGUGAAUGCCAAGCUGCUGGUGAAAGAGUCCGGCCUCGAUGUAACCACUUCCCACAGCCCUGCUGCACCAGGGGAGCAGGGCUGCGGGAAAUGCCUCCUGACCGUGGCCCUGGCAGGUGCCCCCUACCAGGCCGUGGGCUGGGUCCAGGGCACCACGCCUGUGCUGCAGGCACUCAACGGAGCUGUCUUCAGACCGGAGGUGCCUCUCCACCGGGGCCUGCCGCUGCUCAUGUUCAGGACUCACCCCUCCAACCCUGCGAUGCUGCCGACCAUGAUUGGCCUCCUGGCAGAGUCGGAGGUGCAGCUGCUGUCCUACCAGACCUCGAUGGUGUCGGAUGGGGAGACCUGGCACGUCAUGGGCAUCUCCUCCCUGCUGCCCAGCCUGGAGCCCUGGAAGCAGCACGCGACCGAGGCUUUCCAGUUCCACUUCUAACCUUGGGCUCACUUGUCCCAGGCUCGUGGGAUUUUCUGAAGAAACACACCCACUGGGAGAGGAGAGCCACAUUCCUGGGGCUGACGCUGCUUGUGUCUCAUCUGACCCCUGUCGUACAGCAAUAACCACCCAAUAAAGAGCCUACCCCGUA